AUGCAUCGCAGCAGCAGCAGCAGCAGCAGCAGCAGCAGCAGCAACAGCAACAGCAGCAGCAGCAGCAGCAGGACGAUACAGAAUACUAAACAUCAUAUCUUCUACGCCGGCUACACACAGCAACAGCAAAUACAUGCAUCGCAGCAGCAACAGCAGCAGCAACAGCAGCAGCAGCAGCAACAGCAGCAGCAGCAGCAGCAGCAGCAGGACGAUACAACAACCUCUUUUUCUUUUACUCUUCCUUUGAUAGGGGAGCCUGGCGAGCUGGUGCCUCCUCCUCCUCCCCCUGCUCGUGCAGGGGGCCCCUUUCUAGACCCUUCUGGGGGCCCCCCCCCUGGGGGCCCCCUCCUUGGGGGGGCCCCUGGCCCCCCCCCUGUGGGAACCCCUGUGGGGGCCCCUGGGGUGGCCCCUGGGGGGGCCCCUGGGGGGGCCCCCCCUGGGGGGGCCCCUGGGGUGGCCCCUGGGGGGGCCCCUGGGGGGGCCCCCGGGGGGUCCCCUGGGGGGGCCCCUGGGGGGGCCCCUGUGGGGGCCCCUGGGGGUUCCCCUGUGGGCCCCCCGCUGAGCAGCAUGGAGGCGUAUCACCGUCAGUACUGCCACGUGUCUUUGCCUGUAUCUACCGGUUGUUUGUCUCCGAAGGUGUAUUUGCCUGGGGGCCGGUUGCCAGCUGUGCCUGCUGUGUGUCGGUGGGGGCGAGAGAAGGUGUCUCCUUUUGGGGGCGAAGUGUCUCCUUUUCCCGUGGUGUAUAGACAGCUGGGGCAGAGCGAUUUGUUUGUUUCUGAGACCGCAAAGGCAGUGGAGGGGUUUGAGAGCGACGAGGAGAUGGAGGCUCUCCUCGACGCCGUCGAGGUACUACUCAGAGACGGCAAGGUACAGCAGCAGCAGCAGCAGCAGCAGCAGCAGCAGCAGCAGCAGCAAGAGCAGCAGCAGCCGGAGCAGCAGUAG